CGCCCUGCUCUCUCCUUCCCUCCCUCCAGUGCGGUUUAGCCGAGACGGGCCGGGAACAGUCCUACAGGAGUCCAACAUCCAGACCCCGUGCCCCUAUCUCUCGCUACCUCUCACCAGGCUCCGGGCCGUGUCCACAUUCCCCUAAACCCCAAACCCUCCCCAGCCGCGGAGAAAAUCCAUGGCGGUGGACAAGUCCGGCGGCGGCGGCGGCGGCGGGGCCUCUUCCUCCUCCCCGUCGGCCGCAUCCACCGCGGACCGCUUCCUCAAGAUCGUCCUCAGCUGGGACUACCUCCGUCUCGUCGCCGACUCCAAGGGUUCGGAUCAGACUAAGGGGCUCAAGUACGCCAAGAACAGCUACGCCUCGGUGGCCGAGUACCUAGGCGUCUUCGAGCCCUUGCUCUUCGAGGAGGUCAAGGCGCAGAUCGUCCAGGGCCGCAGCAGCGAGGAGGACGAGAUUGGCCUCGACUGGCAGAAAGGGGCGGUGGGAUUAUGUACAGAGUCUGAGGGGUUCCACAAGUUCCCCAUGGCCGUGCCUGAUGACUUCCGGGACAUUGUGUCAGAGAAUGACCUCCUCCUCCUCUCCAAAGACAAAUUUGAGGAGGGAGUAACUCCUACUGCAUAUGCCUUUGCCGUGGUGGAACAGCGGGGUGGUAAAGCUACCAUCUCUCUUAGAACAUUUGUGGCGGGGGAAAUUAAAAAUCUGAAUGUUUCAAAGCCUGUUAAGUCUUCAAGGCUGCAGCGCAUUGCUUCCAUUUUUUCAACACCAGAUAGCUUCCUGUGGGUUUUAAAGAUGUGCAGCUUGUCUACUAUACUGCGAGAGUACUCUGCGAUGCACUCUGUAGCUUCGCUUCCUUUUAAGGAUUUGAUUCUUUCAGCGUCUGACAAGAACAAAGAUGGAGAUGAUCAAAACCGUGCUUGGAAUGUCCCUGAGCCACUGAUGGAUUACCUGCAAACAAAUCUUAAUGGUUCACAGCUAGAAGCAGUUAAUGCAGGUCUUUCGCGCAGAUCCUUUGUUCUUAUUCAGGGCCCUCCAGGAACCGGAAAAACACAAACUAUCCUUGGACUUCUCAGUGCUGUUCUUCAUUCCGCUCCCGCAAGAAUGCAGACCAAAGGAGGGUUUGAUGUUCAAAAGCAUGGGCCAGAACUGGACAUUGAGGGCAAGAAUGCAAACUGGAUGAAAGCAUCUCCUUGGCUAAUUGGUGCAAAUCCUCGAGAUUUGAUUAUGCCUGUCGAUGGUGAUGAUGGUUUUUAUCCUACUGGGAAUGACCUCAAACCUGAAGUCAUAAGUUCCAAUCGCAAAUAUCGGGCCCAUGUGUUGGUCUGUGCUCCAUCCAACUCGGCACUUGACGAGAUUGUAUCGCGUGUUCUUCUAACAGGAAUACGUGAUGAAAACAACAGCACUUACAAUCCCAAGAUUGUGCGUAUUGGACUAAAGGCGCAUCAUUCUGUCAAAGCAGUUUCCAUGGAUUACCUUAUACAACAAAAACUUUCUGGUGUGGACCGCUCAUCAGAUGGUGGGCGGCGAGGAGCUGGUGAAUAUGAUCGAAUUAGAGCUUCAGUUCUUGAUGAAGCAGCUAUUGUAUUUUCUACCCUGAGUUUUAGUGGAUCAGCCAUUUUCAGCAGGAUGACUCGUGCUUUUGAUGUUGUUAUAAUUGAUGAAGCCGCACAAGCUGUAGAACCAGCGACUCUUGUACCCCUGGUUCAUGGAUGCAGACAAGUUUUUCUUGUUGGUGACCCAGUUCAGUUGCCCGCAACUGUAAUAUCAAAGACUGCUCAGAAGUUAGGAUAUGCAACAAGUUUGUUCCAGAGAUUUCAAGCUGCUGGUUUUCCUGUGCAAAUGCUCAAAAUUCAAUAUCGUAUGCAUCCAGAGAUUAGCAUAUUCCCUUCAAAAGAAUUCUAUGAAGGUAUCCUACAAGAUGGGGAGGGACUCAACAAAAAACGUCCGUGGCAUUCUUACAGCUGCUUCGGACCAUUUUGCUUCUUUGAUAUUGAUGGGAUUGAAUCCCAGCCGUCUGGAAGUGGUUCAUGGGUGAACGAAGAUGAAGUGGAAUUCAUAACCCUCCUAUAUCACCAGCUGGCCAUGCACUAUCCAGAGCUCAAAUCUAGUUCUCAAGUAGCUCUUAUAUCACCAUACAGGCAUCAGGUCAAACUUUUGAAGGACCAUUUUAAGUCAACCUUUGGUGACCAAUCAAAGGAAGUUAUAGAUGUAAACACGGUUGAUGGAUUCCAGGGCCGGGAAAAGGAAGUUGUCAUUUUUUCAUGUGUAAGAUGCAAUAAGGAGCAAAAGAUUGGGUUCGUUAAUGAUUAUCGACGAAUGAAUGUUGCCAUUACCAGAGCUAGGUCUGCUGUACUAGUAAUAGGUUCUGCUUCAACAUUGCAGAAAGAUGAACACUGGAACAACCUUGUUGAGAGUGCCAAAGAGCGAAACCACUAUUUCAAGGUCUCAAAGCCAUUCACCACGUUCUUUGCCGAGGACAAUUUCAAAACCAUGAAGGUGGAAAAACCUCCUCCUCCAGACACUAGGAUAUUGCAGGCAAUAGAAGCAAUUGGUGAAGUGGUUGCGGGGCAAGAAGCCAUGGAUGUUGAUGAUGCUGCUGACCAAGCAGACGGGGAUGAUUAUGAUGCCAUGGAGGGUGACGAUGGAGGUGGUGAUGAUUAAUUGUUGGCUAUAAUGUAGGGUCGGUCCGCGUGGAGAAAUUUCAUUAGAAGGCUUGUACGUUGAUAAGAGGAGCAAAGUUUUGUAAGUGGAUAUGCAGGUUGGGGGCCCUUUUUUCUAGGACAUUCAGUUAGAAAUUGUGCUAGUGGUUAAAUUUUAGGAGGAAAGAGGUUGUCGCAUGCUUGUUUGACUUCAUGUUUUAGAUAAGAGGAAUUAUCUAGACAAA